AUGGCUCCCCGACCCGUCUUUUGUGUUACACAUCCUAGAGCUUGCUCCACUGCCUUUGAGCGGGUCUUCAUGACUCGCAGAGACCAACUGGCUAGCCAGCACGAACCGUUUGGCGACGCAUUCUACUUUGGCCCAGAGUGCGUGAGCCCGCGCUUCAAGGACGACGUUGAGCGGCGAGAAGCCAGUGGCGUCUCAGACGUCACUUAUGGGAACACAUUUGAGAAGUUCGACAAGGUCGAACAAGAGGGGAAACGAGUCUUCGUCAAAGACAUGGCAUACUAUCUUUUCCCGGCCCCGGAAGACCAGAACAAUCCCCAAAUUGCAGGCUCCCUCGGUGGCGGCGAGGAAACAGGCAACCCAACCGUCAUCCCACGGCAUCGUCUGGAAAAAUUCCAAUUUACAUUCCUCAUCCGCCACCCGCGCCGGUCUGUCCCUUCCUACUGGCGGUGCUGUAUCCCGCCUCUGGACAAGAUUAGCGGGUUUGACGAGUUCUGGCCCAGCGAAAUGGGAUACAAAGAGCUCGUCAAGUUUUUCGACUACGCCAUGCAAACAGGACUUGUAGAUGAGAGCCAGCUGACUGUUGUCGAUGCCGAUGAUUUGCUGGACAAGCCAGAGCCCAUGAUCAAAAAGUUUUGCCAGAGGACAGGCAUCGAUUUCCAUCCCAGCAUGCUCAAAUGGGAUGACGGAGAUCAGGCGCAUGCCGAGAAGCUCUUCGCCAAAUGGAACGGUUUUCACAAUGAUGUUUUGGGAACGAGAGAGCUCAAGGGCAGAACGCACGCGCAGAUGACACCCAACGUUGAGGCUGAGAACAGAGCAUGGGAAGAAACGUACGGAAAGGAUGCGCAGAUGAAAAUCCGCCAAUGCGUUGACGAAAACACCCCCCUCUAUGAGUACAUGAGGCAGUAUCGUAUCACCGUCUAG